UCGGCUGGUCUUCCGGAAGUGUCGUCACUGACCAUGACCUUCCUCUCUUCUGUCACGUACAGUCACGUCAGUCAUGUAGACGAGAGACACACGAGUGUUCGCGAAAUGUAGAGUAGAGGAACACCUGAUACAGAGACACAGUCUGUUUACUUUGAUUUUAGCACAAGCAGGUUGAGAGGGAACAAUGGUGAAGUAUUUCAGCUGUGCGGGCUUUCUGAAGAGCUCGUGGGACCAAGUGUUUUUGGCAUUCUGGCAGAGAUACCCCAAUCCUUACAGUAAUCAUGUUUUAACGGAAGACAUCAUAUUUCGGGAAGUCACUCCGGACAACUGUCUGAUUUCCAGACGUCUCUUGACCAAAACCAGCAGAGCUCCUCGCUGGGCGGAGAAGUUUCUGCCUGCUCACAUGGCCCAGAAGGCCUACAUCAUUGAGGACUCAGUAGUGGAUCCUCAGGGCCGGACCAUGACCACCCUCACCUGGAACAUCAGCCACGCACGUGUGAUGAGUAUUGAAGAGCGUUGUGUGUACAAAGUGAACCCGGACAACAACAGCUGGACCGAGAUCAAGAGAGAGGCCUGGAUUUCCUCCAACCUGUACGGCCUCUCUAGAGCUAUUCAGGAAUUCGGUCUCGCCCGGUUUAAGAGCAGCGUUACGAAGACCAUGAAAGGCUUUGAGUAUGUCCUGGCCAAGAUGCAAGGUGAAACUCCCACACGAACGCUGGCAGAGACCGCGACCGUGAAGGCUCGCGAAACUGCGCUCGCUGCUAAAGUGAAGGCGAAGGAUUUGGCGUCUCAAGCUCAGAAGAAGCAGUAUGUAUGAUGAACACAGCAGGACUCUCCCAGCGCUUCCGUGUCGCUCCAUUCCAUCACAUGACACAUCUGGAUACGAGACAUUCUCAGUAUGCAUUUAGUGAAACCAAUGUGCUCUUUGACUGAAGUUCUCCUGUAAACUCGAUUUAAUGCAGCAACAUCCUCCUCCUGCUUCAUCAAGUCUGAUUUUACAUGAGAUGUUUGCGUUUUUUUUUUUUUUUGAUUGCUAAAUUAAUUUCUUGUUGUUCUUCCAUCAUUGUCUCUCUGAAUCUUCAUAUUCACUCUUGCUGAGGUCUGUAAUCUGCCUUGUUUAGCAAUGUGAUUCGCUGCUUCAAAUUGAAGUUCUAUCAUUCAUGGUCCACGAUUCCAGCAGUCGUAGAGUUCCUCAGAAGGGCCUGAUCUUCGGCACGCGAGAGCAAAUGCCAGAAAGGAUUGCAGUGGAUAGACGGCAAUGUCCGAUUACAAGUGUUAAAGAUAUCUCAGAAUGUCAGAUGUCGAGUGUUUGAAACAAGAAAUGCAUUAAGUGAAAUGGUGAGAUAGCUUGUAUGUUUUAUAGCUCUUAACAAUUGUUUAUCAGCAGUUACCACCAAUAAAUAUUUUCUAUCUAUCUGA